AUGGGUUCUCGCAACCAGGAAUCGUAUGACAGUGGUCUCUACUCCACGGAGCAUUCAUCUCGUCAAGACCAUCUUUAUGUGCUUCCGACAAGCUCAAGGCUAGCCAAAUACACUAAUCGGCGUCACUGCGCCUCCACCAGCUCUGUAUUAUCUCACUCGAACGCCUUCCCUCCUUCCCAUUGCCACUCAAUUACCAACUCGGCCGUCGCAGACUUCAUGCUUUCACCCGGAAUGCUGCAUCCCAGCCCGAAUAUUGCUAUCACUGACGAGCCAGCUCCUGCGACUUCUCUCGAUGGCCUUAAUAAGCAAGUUUACCUACAGACCUCAUCGUCUUCCUCACCACCUACUCGUGACGUCCAUUUGGUGGCAUCACACAAGUUGGUUGGUAGUAUUGGUAACAGCAACACCUCCAUUGUCUCUGUACCUUCUCGAUUUCGUCACUUUUUUAUGGAAAGUUUUAUCACAGCCCGCGCCACUGCUGGCGGGGGCAGUGGUUUACGUGGAAUUAGCGAUGGGCGAGCUCGGACUAAAUCAGAGCAGCAAUCAGUGCACCGACGCCAGCUUCAAAUCACAGACCACAUGGACUGUAGCAGGUCCGACUCACGAAAAGUGAGUCAAGGCGAAGGAUCUGUCCCUGAAUCAACCAGCCACGGAGAUGAGUCAAGUAGUGAUGUUUGUGCUGGUGCUGUAUGUGCUCAUACCACUGAUCUGCCUCCUCACGCUCAUACAAUCUCAGCCGGCUCGCUAAGCCCGGCAGCCGCUAUUUCGCUGCUUACUCCUCUCGCGGUCACCACAAACUUCUCUGGGCCCUCUUCUACACAACUAUCACCUUCUGUGAACUUGGCAGCUGUAGGAGGUCUUGACCCCGGGUCUGGCGCUGGGGGUGGAGCUGAACCUUCGUCUUCAGCUCAGGCGACAUCCGGUCGGACCGCUGCCACUCAUAUUAGUGGUGGCGGAGGUGGAAAGCGACAUCUAUGGUACUCAGUAACCUCUGUGGCUCAUCCAUCUGCUCGAGUUGCAGGGGAUCCGGGCGCUCCUGGUACACAAUCCUCUGGACUGUCGACACCGUCCUCCUCUAGAGCGGUUGUUGUCUCCAAGCCUAACGUGCUUGCAACUGUUCUUCCUUUUCUAGAAGCCGGAGGGGGAGUUUGCGGAAAUUUUACUUUUGCUUUGGAUCAGAGCUUAAAAAAGCGGCAUAAAAUAGCACAUAGCAUGAUGGGUCGCUUUUUUAGCGCCCGGGGCAGCGGCAGCAGUGGUAAUACUAGUCGCGGUCCUAGGUCAGACGACAGUGAUCAUGGCUCCUUGCCUGAUCCCUCAAAGCUGCCCAAAGAGGAGCCGCGCAGUAGUUUAGAGUUCACACACACGCGGCUGAAGAACCAUCGGUCAAAACUGGUGAGUCUUGACUUUCAACCCGAAUAA